AUGCCUGAGGACAUCAGGAGAUGGCGUGGAUACCGGCCGCUAGGGGCAAACGUUCCCAUGCCUCAGCUGGCUCUUCAGGUUCCCAUGUCUCAGCUGACUCUACAGGUUCCCAUGCCUCAGCUAACUCUACAGGUUCCCAUGCCUCAGCUGGCUCUUCAGGUUCCCAUGUCUCAGCUGACUCUACAGGUUCCCAUGCCUCAGCUGGCUCUUCAGGUUCCCAUGUCUCAGCUGACUCUACAGGUUCCCAUGCCCCAGCUGGCUCUACAGGUUCCCAUGCCCCAGCUGGCUCUACAGGUUCCCAUGCCUCAGCCGGAUCGUCAGGCUCCCAAGGCUCUACAGGUUCCUAUGUCUCAGCUGGCCCUACAGGUUCCCAUGCCUCAGCUAACUCUACAGGUUCCCAUGCCUCAGCUGACUCUACAGGUUCCCAUGCCUCAGCUGACUCUACAGGUUCCCAUGCCUCAGCUGGCUCUACAGGUUCCCAUGCCUCAGCUGACUCUACAGGUUCCCAUGCCUCAGCUGACUCUACAGGUUCCCAUGCCUCAGCCGGAUCGUCAGGCUCCCAAGGCUCUACAGGUUCCCAUCCCUCAACUGACUCUACAGGCUCCCACGCCUCAGCUGACUCUACAGGUUCCCAUGCCUCAGCUGACUCUACAGGUUCCCAUGCCCCAGCUGGCUCUACAGGUUCCCAUGCCUCAGCUGACUCUACAGGUUCCCAUGCCUCAGCUGACUCUACAGGUUCCCAUGCCCCAGCUGACUCUACAGGUUCCCAUGCCUCAGCUGACUCUACAGGUUCCCAUGCCUCAGCUGGCUCUACAGGUUCCCAUGCCUCAGCUGACUCUACAGGUUCCCAUGCCCCAGCUGGCUCUACAGGUUCCCAUGCCUCAGCUGGCUCUACAGGUUCCUAUUCCUCAACUGGCUCUACACGUUCCCAUUCCUCAACUGGCUCUACAGGUUCCCGCGCAUCAGCAGAAGUGA